UGAAAAUGAUAUGUCAAUGACGUCUACUUGCUUGCUUUUGCUUGACGUUUUGCAGCGGGAAUGUAGAAAGAAAUCUCGUUUGUUGAUUAAAAGUGAUUGUAAGUGUGCGAUACGCGGCCUUAUAAAUAAAAAUCUCCUAUCACGAUGCCGCCGAGUAGCUUACGAGUGGUCUACGCGUUCGCCAGGGAAAUGCAUCCGAAAACGACCGAUGUCUUUAUCGAGUAUGGCACGGCCGGAUUCCGCACAAAAGCCAGCCUGCUAGAGCAUGUGGUGUACCGCAUGGGUUUGCUUGCGGUCAUCCGCUCCAGGGUCAAAAAUGGUCGCACAAUAGGCAUAAUGAUCACAGCCUCCCACAACCUGGAGCCUGACAAUGGAGUGAAACUCAUCGAUCCUGAGGGUGAAAUGCUGGAGCAAAGCUGGGAGGAGAUCGCCACGAGGCUCGCCAACGUUAGUGACAAUGACUUGGAAGCAACGACGGUGGAGGUGAUCAAGCAGGUGAACGCCGAUAUGGGACUGAAGGCCAGCGUUUUCAUCGGCAUGGAUACCAGAUACACAAGCCCCCGAUUAGCAGCGGCCGCGGUACACGGCGUGAUGGCACUGAAAGGCACCGCCAAAGAGUUCGGCAUCGUCACCACGCCCAUCCUGCACUACUGCGUGCGCUGCAGAAACGACAACACUUACGGCACGCCCACUGAAGAAGGUAGAAAAUACGGACCGUACUCUCUCGUGAGUACUCCAGGUGAGCGAGGUUACUAUGAAAAAAUAGUAGGCGCUUUCAAGAACAUCCGAGCAAAAUUACCCGUCCGCGGAUCUUAUAACACUACUCUAUACGUUGACGGCGCAAACGGCGUGGGGGGGAAGAAACUCAACAUUAUCAAGAAGAGUCUGGAUGGGGAGUUGGACCUGGUGCUAUAUAAUUUGGGGGGGAAUGGAGGGAAAUUGAAUUUGAAUUGCGGUGCAGACUUCGUGAAAGUAUCGCAACAGCCUCCAGUUGGGGUCGAGCACGUACCGUUCCAACGCGUCGCGUCCUUAGACGGCGAUGGCGACCGGCUCGUUUACUACUACCUCGACGACAAUAACAAAAUGCACCUCCUGGACGGCGAUAAGAUAGCAACUCUAUUAGCGAGCUACGUCACAGAGCUGCUAAAGGCGUGCGAAGCGACCGACUUGAAGCUCGGUCUCGUGCAGACCGCAUACGCCAAUGGAGCGUCCACCAAAUACAUCACAGAAGAUCUGAAAGUACCAGUGUCAUGCGUGAAAACAGGCGUAAAGCACCUCCAUCAUGCGGCGCAGUCAUACGACAUCGGAGUAUAUUUCGAAGCUAACGGACACGGCACGGUUCUAUACAGCGAUAAGGCUAAGACUACGAUACGACGCAUCGCUCAAGAAGGUGAACCAGAACAGCGGAAAGCGGCUCAACUAUUCCUAAACUUCAUCGACAUGACCAACGAAACUGUCGGCGACGCCAUUUCUGACCUCUUCCUGGUAGAAACCGUCCUCUGCGCCAGGGGACAGAACGUCAGAGACUGGAUGGAAGCUUAUACGGACCUUCCGUGUCGGCAACUGAAGGUCACAGUGCAGGACCGCAACGCCAUAUCAACGGCGGACGCCGAGCGGCGCUGCACGGCGCCCGAGGGGCUCCAGAGCCGCGUGGACGAACUGGCGGCUACAUACAGGAGUGGCAGGGCCUUCGUGCGCCCAUCCGGCACUGAGGACGUCGUCAGGGUGUAUGCCGAGGCGGACACUCAAGAGAACGCAGACAAAUUAGCAGCACAAGUGUCGCAGGCAGUUUUCGACCUGGCCGGUGGCGUGGGCGACCGACCGCUCGCUUAGACUGACAAACACUCCAGGCACCCGGCAGCUUCUACACUUCAACCCCAGAGGUCAAUAUUUGUCAGCGAAAAAUCGACCUUGAGGUUGUAAACAUACAAUUGAAUUUUAUUGUCAUUUUGAAUGCGAUAUCACGUCCGUGGGACUCAAGGGGUUAAAAUUAGAGAUCCCCGCUGCAUGCUUUAAUGGAUCCUGGGAAUAGAGGUAUUUUUGUGGAUUUAGCUCAGAAUAGAAAGUCGGUUAUUUUAUGUUUUUGAUUUUAACACUAAAUAUGGAUCUUUUAUUGGAUGUAGAAGUGAUGGAGCAUCUAAAAUAUAGUGAUUAUUUUUGCUUUGUGAUGCCCCAUAGUGACAUAAUUAUGAGUGAUAAUCACUAAAGUUAAAUAAGUAUAAAUUAAGAGCCCAUAAUAUUGAUAUAAAACUAUGUAGAUUUGCAGAAAAUAUAAUUUACGAACGAGGAAUAAAUGUCAUCAUAUAUAUAUAGUUGUGACUAUAUAGUUGUGAGAGAAAUAUAUUUACAUAUAUAUGAGAAUAGAAAGGAAAUGUUAGUACUAAAUAUUGAAAGACAGAUACUUCUGCUCACUAACCUAGUGGUAAGGAAAGAACUAAGGAAAGUCAUGUAAUGGCUUAUAUGUGACGUUUUCAACUAGAAGGGGCCACAUUGUCGGUUGUUGAUAAGGUUAGUUUCAUUUUUUUUUAAUACUACGUCAGUGGCAAACAAGCAUACGGCCUGCCUGAUGGUAAGCAGUCUCCGUAGCCUAUGUACGCCUGCAACUCCAGAGGAGUUACAUGCGCGUUGCCGAUCCUAACCCCACCCCCCUCGUUGAGCUCUGGCAACCUUACUCACCGGCAGGAACACAACACUAUGAGUAGGGUCAAGUGUUAUUUGGCUGCGGUUAUAUUGAAGCUUUAUGGAAAUAGCGCCUUAUUUAAAACCGACAAUAAGUACCCUUUUGGUUGAAAACGCCACAUAUGGUGACAAAUAUGCUAAGUUAUAAGUGUAUGGAAUGAAGAAUAUUUGGACAGGAUUCUUUAUUUGAGAUAAUUAUUUAUAGAAGUGACAUAGACUUAGACACCCAUUUUGUGAUUCACUUUGCAAUUUCUAAAAGAUUUAUGGAGAUUUUAUUUUACUCGUCUUUUUUAUGGGCAAAUCACAAUUUGCGUAAUCACUUAAGUAAUCAAUUUUAUUAACACAGAUCCACUUUUAAUAGUAGGAUUUACCUUUUUUAUUGCAUGUAUAAUUUAUUUUUGUAAUCCUAAGAGCUAAUUUGACAGUUUUUAUCGAAUUAAAAGCUAUAUAUUUAAAACACAAUUUUAAUAAAAUUAUAUGAUAAUUGUAACUAUGAAACUCCCGUGAGACUCGAACAUGUAAAAAAUAUUUUAAUUUCGCGGAUCUAAACAUGUCGAUCGUUUAUUCGAUUUAAUAAUACGUGAGUAGUUUAAACAUUUUAAAUAAAUUCUAUGCUUGUUAGGAUUCCGUGUAAACUGUCAAAAUCGUUUUAGAGAUAUAUUGUAAUCACUGCCUUUAUCUAGUUAUAAGAGGACGCGACUUCAUUGUGGUUCGAAUUUAGAGUUAAUUAGCGCAAAAGAGCUAUCUGAAUUUCGUAGUUAAUUAUUGUUUCUGUUGAAAAUAAUUAUUUAUUUGGGUUGUAGACUAAAUUUGAAAAUAUAGUUUUGGGAAAACUACAAUCGCUUCUAACGCAGUGUAGAAAAAUUGUUAUAAAAAAUAUGUAUCUGACUGUGAGCCUGUUUCAUACAGGGUACAUUUUUUUCAUGUAUUUUCAAACACAAUCCUGUAUUGAUUUAAAAACUAUGACUAAUAGAGAAACAAUGACCUUUUGUAGCAUUUUGGUUAUUUUUAUUAACACACAUUGAAGUGCCAUGGCAACUAUGGAACAGGUCCUGUAUUUUAAUGAAUAAGUUACACAUUACAUUUUUGACGAUCUGUCAUUUUUUACGUUUACUUAUUUAGUAUAUAAUCUUUUAUAAUUACCACAAUAUUAUGUCAUGUGGUUGUAUACAUUUGAUAUUAAGGACCAACUUUAAUUUUUAAAUUUUAUUUUUUAUUUUUAUAUACUUAAUAUGUAAAUGGGGCGACUUGAGAUAAAAAAAAAAUGUAAAGAUUGUAACUAACAAAAAAAUUCUAGUGACCCCUCACUUUUAAAGCGAAAACGUUUUAGGGCUUGAUUUGAUAGCUAAGGUAAAGUUCUGAGUUUAAACUCUUGGUUUAUCAAUUCAGGGACUAAAUAAUUUUAUUAUAAUUAAGGUCAAUGUGGAAAAUACCGGCAUAUAAAAUUUAUUGCAGGAGAGUCCGUCAUAGGAUAAAAACUCGUAUUUAUACAUAUAUUUAUACUCGUACAUAUACAUACGUACUUUGCUCAGACACUGUCAAAAAGAAUGAGUUUCACUCCUCCUGCUCAAGGCUCGGAAACCGGUUAAAUUUCCAAACCGUUAUCUACUUGGUGCAAAACCUUUUAAUUUUGGUUUCGUUCGUAAAACCGUUAUUUUUGAACCGGUUUUUAUCUUUACGCGGCACACCACCAGGCCGGCCGGUCGUCUCGUCAAUCGUCGCAUAAACCGGUUUAUUUAGGUUAAAAUACCGAGUAAAACCGAAAUAAACCGGUAUUUACCGCUAUUUUUAAAACCGGUUCCGAGCCUUGCUUUUGCUCUAACCGACCUUCUGUAAGUGGGGUAUGUGUACAAGCGCAAGAGUUAGAAGCAAAAGCUUACCUGAUAGACGGUGGAUAAUGACCUUAAAUAAUUGUCUCAUUAUAUUGAAAUUGUGGGGCGCAAAACAGUCAAUAUUUAUCUAACCAGGUGGCAUCAACCCAGCGGCGAUUCUUUUCAUGACUUUGCAUGUCUAUUAACUUGUAAGUGCUUAUGUUUAUACUUUAAAACUAGACCUAAUUACUUAUCGAAUUAUGUAUGAAUUAUUCCUGGAUUUGAAUGAAAGCUUUAUCGCUGUACAAAUUCGUUAGCCGCACCAUACUUCAGUAGGGUCACAAGUAGGCAUUGUAUUGUUUUUUGCGUUAUAGGUGUUACGUGAUUCCUAGUCGCAUUUUAUGUCAACGAAUCAUCUGUGUCAUUGAGUGUAUUUUGAAAUACUCGGUCUUUUAAGUCUUAAAAUUUGAUUGUGUACUUUUGUGUUUUGUCUUAAGGUCCAUACUGUUUAAACGGACCAUACCCUAGUGUCAUAAAAAAGGGCAGUAGAAUUUUUGAUUUUAAAAGUUAUAGGCUCCGAAAUAAAAGUAAUUCUAACAGAGACGUAAACAAUUAAACAUUGGUUCAUUCAUCGUUUUUUGGCCUAAAAGGCUUCGUUAAUAUAGUAUUUUAUGCAUCAGUUGUAUAAGAAGGGUCAAAAAAGGCGAGUGGCGUGAGUUACAAUGUGAGCCGGAGCCGAAGGCGUAGGCGAACAUUGUAAAGGAAUACGCCACGAGAAUUUUUUGACCUACUUAUACAACGUUGCAUACAAUAUUUUUCCUACGAGUCAACAAAAAUAAAUCUUAAUUUAGGUAAACAAAUUACAGCAAAAGUAUAUAGCCAAGACGCGCGAGCAUACCUUGUUACGCGCCCGGCCCGCCCCGGGCCGCGGCCGGCCGGUCGGCGACACCUCCUCGUAACUCAUGAGGCCCUGGUACUUGCUACUUGCUAAAUUAAUUUUUUGGACAGUUUUUUCUCAAUUUUGGCCACCGUAGCCUACGGAGACUAACAAGCAACGCUAAGCGGUCUUCGUAGUCUAUGGGUGUUGCUAUAUUACGGGUCACAUGCGUGUUUCUGACUUAUGAAGUAAUUAUUUUUAGUAUGCAACCAAAUGAAUAUUUUGUAAGUUGGCAUCAAUGCACUUAGUUUAAAACUGUAUUCGUUUUGGUUUUGUUAGGUUGGUAGCCAUUAAUCGCAGUAACAUUAUAGCUUAUAAAAGCACAAGAGCUUUUAUGAGGAAUAGACAAUAUAGACUUUUCUUGAAAUCUUUUAUGUAUGUUCUUAUAUUCGUGUUAAUGAAUGCAUAAAUGACAGAUAACAGUAGAGGAGUAGGAAAAGUAAUUAUUUCGUCCUCAAAAUAGACUUUCGGGUUCCGUAAGGAAACAAACAAUAGUUUGAAGACUACUUAAAACACAAAACUAUGUACUUUAUUUGCUGUACACUUGCACUAUUUUCUUAUUAUCUCUUACAAAGUCAAUAUUUUCUCAUCUUUAAUAAAUAUUACGUGAUCUGAAUUCUUUAUGGGAAAAAACGUCGAACGAUCACUUAUCUUAAAAUUGAUUUAUCUAAACCUAAGUACCUGGAGUUGCAGUCGUCCUUAGGCUACCAGCGUCCUUAGCGCUACUUACCACUGUACCAUAGGCUUGUUUGCCACCGACGUGGUAUUAAAAAACUGAUUGAUAAAACAUAACGCUCGUUUAGUUCAUUUCUAGUAGGUAAAUGAAACUAAAGAAAAUGACACCAGGGUAUUUAUUUCUAAAUUAUUAUUUUUUUUAUUUCGUCAAGCAUUGUAGUCAUAGCUCUAGUUUAAUAAAAACAAUGGAAAAGCACCUUUGUUGGUGUUCUAACUUAAAAGCAGUACAAAUAAUUGGUUAAAUUAUAUCAUUGACUUGUUUUAGGUGCUCUAUAGGAAAUUUUUAUGCCUUAGACAAUAAAGUCUUGACCAUCAAUUAGUUUAACGUUAUAAUAAAAUUAUUUUACUAUCAAAACAAAUUAUAUAUUUACAUUCGCUUAUUAAUUCUAUAGUAGAUCUUUAAUUCGUGUGUGCAAUCAUGUGUGUUCGUUAGUGAGUCGUUUGGAGCGAGGUCCUCAUAAGUGUGUGUGUAGAAAAAUAUAUAAGGUGUAUUCGGAUAGUUUCGUAAAUUGGGUAAUCCCGAAAAUCGUUUAAAAUCACUCAUAUUCCGUUGCAAUAAGAGUUCCUUUUCGUAAUUAUCCGGUACUUUUUAGUCUGUUUCCUUUCGUAACUACCCGAAUAUACCUUGUCUAUAAUUUAAGUUCUUCUAGAUUUUCGAAGCAUCUAAAACCUAGACUACCAUUACCCUUUCGUAAAUUGUUUUUCUUAAAAUCUGCCCGGUAUUGUAGUAAAAUUUGUGUAAUAUUUUGAAGACUAUUUGAAUGCUCUCUUGCUCCUUACGAUUGUUUACUUUAUUAUUAUGCUACUGUUAUUUUUUAAUAAAUCAAUAAUAACUA